AUGCAACGCGAAAGAACCCCAUCAGCAAGCCGUUUAUCCACAGCAUCCCCGGCAAGAAUGCCGACACCAGCUGGAACGCCGACCGUGCCACCGGAAUAUAUGGUCAACCGGUAUAGCUAUGAAGGCGAUGGAAUGAAUACCGGUGGCGAUAAUUUGGCGGGCGAUCCUCUGACCACGAUCAGGACCGUGCAGCGAGCAUUAAGGGAAAAGAUUGAGGUCUCGAAACAGGAAGGGAAAGACGUCGAGGCGACCGUUUGCUUGCGGGCGAUUCAACGGCUUGAGGAGUAUGAGGUCAGACUUGAGGAUAUGGCAAGCCGGCGAAGCAAAGCCUUGACAGUCGGGGAUAUGCAAGCGGCCGAACGUCUGAAUCUAAUGAUGACAGACAGCCGGGAUACUGUACUACGCGCCAUCCACGUGGAUCUGUUGCUGAAUCGGGCAGAGCUCCGUUCGAUCGGGGUGGGUUCGAGGUGGAAGGAGAUCCCGGAAAGCUAC